CAGUCGUUGCCACCCCCGCCUGGGCGUCGCAUCCUUGCUGCUGUGCUCCGCCGCGUCCCGCCACUGGUGUCGUGUCGUGCUUUCUGUUUGUGUGUGUGUGUGAGGCUGUGGUGGUGCGAAGGCGUGUGUGGCGCGUGACGCACCGCUCUGUGCCGCCUUGGGGACCUGCGUCCUGGCUGGCCGAGGGCAUUGCUCAUCUUCACGUGAUUUCUUGUGCCGCGGUGUUGGUGUGUGUCAGGGAGGAGAGGAGAGUAUGAAGGGCUGGAGGCGGGCGUGGCGCGGCGCGGCGCUGUGGCGGUGAGGUGACGGUCGCCGCCACUCGUCAAAGUUUCUCUUCCGCGGCUGUGCCAGGCACUCCGCCCCACGCCGCCGCCCCGCCCCUCUGCGGGGAGGGGAAGGGUUGUCUGUGUGUAGCCAGGAGCCAUGCCCACGUUAGGGGGCCUGGGGCGGGCCCGAUGGGGCUCAGGGCGACGGCGGGCGCGGGCAUGUGUGGCCCUGUGGAGGAGGACCAGUGCCAAAGUGCGGCGGCGCCUGCGGCCCGCUGUUACGUGUUCCUCCGAUGACGCCCUGGACUCCCUGCACGAUGAGGAUGAGUUUGUGUUCCACGGGGGCUCCAACCUGGGGGUGGACAACCCUCUGCUGACCCCCGUCCCCUCGCACACCCAUUCCAUCGAUGCCCACAUCUUCAACUCCGCCCUGAAACGCACCAAGCCCACGCGCACCGCGGCGCACAACACUUACGUGGACUAUCGUGACGUACUGGUGUCCGCCCCCGUGCUGGGUCGCCAUGAGCGGUGCAUAGAUGACUGUGUUGCCGCCGCGGCCGCACGUGCUCGCGCCUCCCAGGGCGACACUUCCUCCAGCGGCAUUGAGAGCAUGACUCAUGACAGUGGCGCCUCCACCUCCUCAUCCACUGAUCGUCGCGACAAGCCACCGUCCACCUUGAAGCCGCCCAAGGCACCGAGCCGCCGCCUGGCAGGGUCACCCGCCCUGCGCCCUCCCAGGACACCCACCUUGCGGCCGGCGAGGCGGGAACCUAUUUACGCCCGCCCGGUCAAGAGGAAAAAGAGGAUCAUCAGAGAAAUAGAGAGCACAGCACAACGCCCUGCCGCCAGUGCCACCCUGCACGCUCGCUCUUCUGCCGCCAAACCUUCCUCCUCGCCAACCAGCUCAGGGACUCUGACACACAGAAGAGACACCUCACCGCCCCAGGCAAGCCAUCCACCACUACCUCCAGCCAGCCCGUCUUCCAGCCCAACACCUCCACCCCUGCCAACUAGCCCGCCCCCCGAAUCUCCCAGCUCAACGCCACCGCCUCUUCCUACUAGUCCUCCCCCAGAAUCUCCCAGUCCAACGCCCCCGUCCCUGCCAUCCAGCCCACCGCCCGUGUCUUCUAGCCCCACACCCCCACCCCUGCCAGUCAGCCCACCGCCCGUGACAAACCCUUCACCCAUCCCGCCCUUACCUCCCGCCUUACCACCCCCUCCCCCUUCCCCAAGCCCGCCUCAUCUGCCGCCUGUGCCUCCUCCUCGAUCAAGCAGCCGCAACCCUGGCGCUGCCUCCCGCCGGUGUCAUGGCCCACGCCCUGCACAGAUGGCUUGGAUGCACGGGCGUCCUUCACGGGGCCUCAGGACGUUAAGGGCACAGCGACAGCUGCAACAGCAACUUCAGCUACGUCAGCAUCAACAUCAGCAGCAGCAUUAUCAACAAGUACAACAAGAGAAGCAGAACAAUCAAAAGCAAGUAGAGAAGGAAGACCAAGAUGAAGUCAGCAGUCUUCCUUCUACAUCCUCCUGGCGGUGGUGCGCCAGACAGAGCACCCCGCGGCCACCCAUCCCUCCGUCAGUUCUCUAUCAGGAAGUGCGCCGUCGGUCAGCCCCAGCAAGCACCAGCACACCAUCACCUACUAAGCCCUCUGUCCGCGCCUCCGCCAGCAACACCUUCCGUAACGCCCUCAGCCGCGUCAGGGCACGAAGCUCCCCAGGCUCCUUGACGCGGGAUCUUCGGCAGUACCUGAAUACACGGUUCCAGAAAGGCAGCGUUGACCAUGAGCUACAAAACACGAUUCGGGAUAAUGUGUACCUUCGAACUGUCCCCGUGACCACUCGAUCUCCGCGUCAGGGUGAAGUGAACGGCGUCGACUACACCUUCUUGUCCAGAGACGAGUUCAGGGCCUUGCAACGCUCCGGGAACCUGCUGGAGUCUGGCGUCUUUGAGGAUUAUGAAUACGGGACACCAGUGCCCUCACCUGUGUCCUCAGCCUUGCCCCAGCGACAUACUAUUGAGAGGGUGACCCGACGCAGGCUGCAGCGCCGCCUGGCGCCUUCUCCUUCUAAUGCUUCCUCAACUAGUAUGACCUCUGAGGUGCACACCAGCUCUCCAGUAGAGUCCCGUCGCCGCUUGCCGCCGCUCUACGGCCCCUGGCUAAGGAAGGUGGCCCGGGGAAGGUCGUGGCUCCCCAGUGAUGAUGCUCCUCCUAGCGAGCCACAGAGUGAGCCAGCCAUAGACCCCGACACCCCAAGUGAGAGUGAACUCAACCUGGCGCGCUCGUUCUCCUUGCCCACCAAGCAGCAGCAGCAGCACUCUGCCAAGCUCACUUCAGACAAGCUCAAGACUCUACCAAGCCGGCUCCUCAAAGCGGCCCAGAAGCCGGCAACCAAGGAGUUGAACCGCACCUACAGUGCCAGUGAAAUAAAGGAAUACUUCAUUCAUGGCAGCCGUCGCCACUGCCUGUCCAUCCAUGACCUGGAGGGCCAGGCGGGGCAGGCGUCCACCCAGGAGGAGGGCACGGCUGCUUCUGCUGCCACUCAGGGCACAGGUAGUUUUCGAAGGAGGUCGUCGCGUAGUAGUAAAGGCUCUCUCAGGAAGGCCAAGAGUUUGUCCUCCUUUGCUGUAGAUGCUGAGUACAAAGCUUCCCCCUAUAGCAGCCUGGUAGCUCAGACCCUGUUGACACAACCCCGCCCCCAUCCCCCACGCCCCAGCCUGUCCGAUGUGGAAGUGUGGGACGAUGAGUCAGACCUGGACUCUUUCUUUGGCUACACUACUGAUGAGGAUGGUGACAGCGAUACCUUGGUGGGUAGUGACAUUCAGUCCCUCUUCUCUGAACAGGAGGAGGAUAGCGAUGACUCUACAGAGACUGUCACAGGUGUUCUUAUCCCCAGCGUGUACAGAGGCGACCCGUCAAGCACCUCGCAAACAAACCCAUUAUUCAGGGACUCCAUUUCCUCCGUAGAAGGACUCCUUAUGACAAACAAAAGGAAUUCUUAUAUCCUUGACAAUCUUUCCUUAUUCAGUAAUGAGGAGUCCGUAGAUCCUGUAAAUGAUGCUAAUCCUCAGUAUUAUCUUGUUGAGAGAGACACUUCUCCAGCCCAUUCCUUGCUAGAUGUAGCCUGCUUAGCCUCUUCACCACCACAGGGGGAGAGACGGUUGGUGCAAGGGGAGACUGAUGCAGACAUGACUUCACUCGUUCCUGUUCCCCUCCGUAGGACAUACAUACCUUCAAGAGUGAAUUUGAGGGUAUUGGAUGACAAACACUUAGAUAUAGUUGACAACCUUUCCUUGUUGUCUAAUGAGGAGUCUGUUGACCCAGAAAGAAUUGAACCAUGGGACACGAGACCCCAGAGCGACCAAAAGUCUCUUCCAACUGGUAGUGACAGCUCAGCCUCAGGCCAAGCAGCAAGCACAGCACAUCAUUGUGUUUUGCCUCAAGUGCAGAUUUUGAAUGAAAUUUCUCAGAAUGGAAGUGACGGUGAGAGUAGUGACUCAGCCCUCACUCCCACACCCCGAGCCACCCCCUAUCUCUCCACCAUACUGGGGGAGGCUUGGGAGGUGGAAUCCCACACUGACAGCGAGUUCUCCAGUGUUCACUUAGAUGAUCUUGCAUUUGAUUCUGGCUUUGCAAGGUCCUGUGAUGGCAGUGAGAGAGGAUUUUCCCCUGAUGCUUGUGAUAGAGCCUUAGGUAGUCCUGAUGCUUAUGGUGAGACCUUGGCCAGCCUUCCUGAUGCUCAUCAAGAGGUUGUUGCCAGCCCUCCCUCAGCUUCUCACAUAGACCGUAGCCAGCCAGUGUUUUCUUUGGUUGUUGAUAACUCUACAGUUAAAAUCGUCCCUAAAGAAAAGCCAAAACUUCCACCAAGAAGCUCAUCCCUUUCAAAACUGCUGAGCUCAAAGCCACAGGGGGAGCAUCCACACAUUACCUGUCCCCCUGUGGCACGACUGGUCUCUCACACCACCACCGGGGAGCAUCGCCAGCACCACCACCACCACACCACCACCACACAGGAGCAGCAUACAGAGAGGCAACCACAGCCAGAGCAAAUACAAGAGGCUGCAAAUAAGAACUUAGAAGUGUUAAGUACAGAUGUUGAUCAAACUAAAAGUGAAGUUGUGAAAAGUACAAAUGGUGAAGCUAAAUGGAAUGAAACUGGUGGUGCUACUUGUGGGCUUAGGACAAGUGUAAUAGAUGAACAAACACACAGUAAUCCAGUAGUCAUUAGUUUGCCAGACCUCCAUGAAGAUUCUGGUGCCAAAUUUACUGAAACACAAGAUAAUGAUUUACCAUCCUCACAUGUGGUAAAAGACAGCAGAGGAAGAAAGGAGACACAAGAGAGGGUAGAUACUGAAGAAGGAAUAGAGAUAAAAGAGAGAUUAGGAAGUGUUGAUGGAAGAAAGGAGAUGGAAGAGAGAAUAGAUACUGAGGGGAGAAAGGAGAAACAAGGAAGGGUAGAAACUGAAGAAAGAAAGGAAGAUAUAGAAAGUGAAGGAAGACGAGAGACACAAAAAAGAAAAGAGAAUGAUAGAACAAAAGAAUCAGCAGAGAAAAUACAAAAUGUUGAAAAUCUAGAGAACAAUAGUGCAAAAGUUCAUGAAGAGACAACAAGUGAAGCUGCCUCUUAUGAUAUAGACACAACAAACAGUCUGAACCAAACGCUCAGUGGAUUGGCUAGUGUUCGCACCUCCAUCAGUAGUGACAUCCUUAAUGAAGCCUUCCUGGAGCUUUCAGAUAGUGCUGCUGGCCAUGAUGUUUUGCCAGAUGCAUCACUUGAUGAGGCCUUCCUGAGAAUUGUACCCAGUGAUGACCUCAAUACACUAUUUACCACUGAACCAGUAGAUGAAGUGGAUCAGGAGGAAAUACCUGUUGGCCAUGAAAUGAAUGAUCCAGGACAGACCAGCCAAAUUAAAGAUGAAAAUGUAAAGAAAGAUGAGAAAUUAGAAAACCAUUCAUGUACAAAUCCAGAUGAGGAGAUUGACAAAUGUGUACAGUUAAGCUCAGACUUGCCUUGUGACACUGAGGAUAAUGUCAAGUCUCAUGAUGUGGUUGAUAAUUGCAACAUUAAUAAAACAUUUGAAGGGAGGAGCAGUGUCCAGCUGCAAACAUUCCAUGGAUUCACUGAAGGCUUGAGUGUGCUGAGGAAGGAAAAUGUACCAGGAAUGACAAGCAAAGAACAAGUUAUGGCUAAUGUAACACUGAGAAAUGUAAAGGAAAGUAAAUCAGUUGUUAAUCCCUGUAUGACCAACAGUGUUGCAGAGAAGCCUAACAUCAAGGAACAAGAUAAGGCAAAUGUAGGAAAUAUGAACAUAACAAGGGUAAUUUCAUCAGAACUUCAUGGUCCCAGCCUGAUCACUAGUGUUACAGAGAAACCCAACACCAAGGAACAAGAUGAUGCAAGAGCUGGACAUGUAAAAAAAAGAGAAGCAACACACCCAUUCUUCUCCUUGCAGUCAUUCACAAGUGUGGAGGAAAAUGAUGUCAAGGUUAAGUCUGUCAGGGAUUUGAUAAAGAAUUUUGAAAAGCCCCGAGCCUCCAGUUCUCAUCCCAUUGUUACUUCAAAGCCAAAUGUCACAAGAAAACCAGAGCUGCAGGCUGAGGCACCACAUGCUACCCUGCCACUGAUGUCCAGAGAAGCAAGGAGGAGGGGUGUGAAGCCUCAGGAAUCUAGUAGCAAGGAUAUAAUAAGUUCCUACAAAGCUCCAUCAUUUAAUCAAGAAAUGAUGGAGGUUCCAAAGAGAUCUGUGUCUUCCAGUGUUUCUGAAUCAGUUCAAAAUGAUGCUGAGAUAAUAAACAAAACUAUCACACAGCAAUGUACAGCAGUUAAGGAUGAUAGGACAGGAAAGAGUGUAAAGCUUCCAAAGAAAUCUGAGUCUUCCAGUGUGUCAGAAUUAAGAGAAAAUGAAGCCAAAAUGAACAAAAACAUCUCUGUACAAGAUACACUAGUGGAAAAUGAUAGUAAAGAAAGACAUCCUCUAACUGCUGAUCAAGAAGUUGUAGAGGUUCUGCAGAAAUCUGAGUCUUGUGAUGGUUUUGAGUUGAGUGGAAAUGUGGCUGAAAAUAUAAGCAAAACCAUCAAAAUGCAAAAUUUUCAUGAAGAUGAUAGGAGAAAGAAAACUUCUCUACCAGAUGACCAGGUAAUACCAAAAAGUUUGAGGGAAUCGAUAUCUUCCAGAAGCAUCUCAGAAUCAAGUGAAAGUGAAAAUGAAGUGGAGAGGAAAACCACCGCAGCUCAAGACACCACAGAAGCAGAUGAUGGGAUAAGAAAAACCUCUCAAUCAACUGACCAAAAAGUAGUAGAGGCUCCAAAGAAAUCUGUGUCUUCCACUGUCUCAGAAUCAAGUGAAAAUGGAGACAAAGAGGAAAGAAAAAUCAUCACUAUUCAAGAUAGAGAAGAUAGAGCUGGUGCAGAUGAUGGGAUAGGAAAAAGCUCCUUACCACUAGCUGACCAAGAAGUAGUAGAGGUUCCAAAGAAAUCUGAGUGCUUCAGUAUUGCAGAAUUUAGUGAAAAUGGAUAUGAAAUGGGAAAGAAAACUGUCACUGCUCAAGAUGUGGCAAAUGAUGAGAGUAUGAAAAGUUUGGCAAAGACAGAAGCACUGACUGAGGAAGUUGAUGAGUUGCCUUCAGGGAUUAGUGUUAGUGUGGCUUCUCAAGAUGUGGAUUAUCAGUCAGUGCAACAUUUGUCUCCUUUUGAUUCUCAGCCGAGUGACAAAGGUGGUAUGAAGGAGGACUCCGAGGAGGAUGUAAAUGUUGAGAGUGUGACAGAUGAGGAAGAAGUGGCUGUAGAUGUAGAGGUUGAAGAACAAAAAGAAGAACAAAGAGAUAAUAUUGAAUUACACACCAAAACAAAUAAUACUGUCUCUGCAACUCAAGAUGAUAAAUUUGGGAAGACAGAACAAAAAUGGGUGAAGGAGGAACAGAAUGCAGUAGAGAUAGAGGAGGAACAAAGUAAAUAUGAGAGAAUUGAUAACACAGAGGAAGAUCAAAACAGUGAAGUAGAGAUAGAGGAGGAACAAAGGGAAAAUAAGAGGAAUGACAACACAGAGGAGGACCAAGGCAAUGCAGUAAGACCUUGCCCACCAGAGAGGACACUUUUCAUGAGCAAGAGCAACCCGGCUCGCUUCAGUGUCCGUAGGGAGCCACAGGAGGGACAGGAACAAGCCAUACCCAAGGAGAUGCCGACCAAGGUCCCUCGUCUUUCCAAAAUGAACAGCGUUGGAGACGACAACAGCAUCAAUGUCAACAGUGGCAGGAGCAGUAGUCUGAAUAGAAGCAGAGUGCGUGAGCCUCUAGUAGAACUGAAUGAGAGUACGGAUAGUGAAUACUGCUUUAUAGAGAGGCUGCUGAGGGGCCAGAAGUCGCUGGGCCCGAGUAGUGCAACCAGUAGCUUAUCCUCUCGCAGCGGCUCAGAGUGUGAGAGCUUCCAGUCACUGCCGAGUGGGUGGAGACACUGUACCCCUCCUGGUGUGGGGUGCAGAGAAGGCAACCACUACGGGACUCCCAAGCCCCCCUCCCUUCCCCCUGACCACCUGGCCCGCACCCCCUCUGGUGGGUCAGUGCUGCCUGGUGCCCACCCGAGCUCCGAGGGCAAGCGGCGGCGCAACCGUUCCAAUGUAGAAGCAAUGGCUGCCAACACCAGCAGCAGCGAGGGACCCCCCGAGGCCCCCAGCCACCCCCACCCCUCCCCCGGCACCCAUUACAACUCCAUGGUGGGGGAUGAGUCUGGGAUGCAGAUGCAGAUCCCAGACUCACCCACGGCAGGGGAGCUGGGCCCUCUUCCCUACAAUUGGGAGAAAGCCUACACCGAGAAUGGGGAGCCUUAUUACAUUGACCACAUAGCGGGCACUUCAUCUUGGCUGGACCCCAGACUAGCGCGAGUACAGAAGCGCAGCGCAGAGGAGUGUGGGGAGGAUGAGUUGCCUUUUGGGUGGGAGAGGAUUGAUGACCCACAGUAUGGCAUUUACUACAUCGACCACGUGAACCGCAAAACACAGUAUGAGAAUCCCGUGAUGAUGGCCAAGAAGCAAUCCAUCAGCCCUGCCCAAGGCGGGGGCAGCAGUCCUGGUGAAGGCGGCAGCAACACCUUCCCCAGACAAAAGAAAUCAGCUGGUGAUGGCGUUGCAGGCGGAAGCGGUGGCAAUGCUGGUGGUGGUGGCGGCCCAGGCACCACAGAGGGCACCGCACCGCCCCCUGGUGGAGGACACAAGCGCGCAAACAGGCUCAUGGUGUACCUGCCCUGUUUACCGUGCUUGGCAUCUGAGGGGAAAGACUCUAAGCUGCAGGCGCAGGCGCAGCAAGCAAAUAUUCGGGUCCACAACCGCGUGGAAAGAAGCUCCCUCCCUCGUCCCCGCUCUCUCUCUCCUAAUCACAAGCAUCCAGAUGUUUCUCCCAAGCACUCAAAUCUUAGCAAGCAAAAUAUUGUGAUAUCAAACCCCAUGGAUCCUGUCCAUCUGGCCAGCGGCACUCCCUACCGAGCCAACAACUUGUCCCCCAGCCCCUCCACUUCCAAGCCAAACAACCUUGCCCUUUCCUCAAACAAUCUGUACACAAGUGAUCCAAACAUUCCUGCCAGUAAACAAAAUAAUGUCAACAUCAGCCAAAUAUCACCACUUAGUCAGGGACUCAAGACUCAAGAAGUCAAAAACCCAACUUUUAAUCAAACAAUUGUACCAAACUUUGCCAAACCUCACUUUCCAAACUACCAAACCAUUGCCCCAUCCUCUCUGCACCCAAGGAUACCUCAGGCCUCCUCUUCCCCCAAGGGGCCAACUCCCACAUACAGUAGAUCCCAUAGCUCCCCUAGUGGCACAUCCAGCCCCUGGCAGAGUCCUGGUCAGUCCCUCACUCCCCGAGGCACAUGGAACUAUGCCUCAACUCCAUUCUCCACCAGCACUCCACAAUUUCCCUCCCCCAGACCUUACUCCCUCACUCGCUUCUUGUCCAGCAGCCCCACUGGCCAGGAGCUUUAUCCCACCAUCCAUCACCAAAGAUCUUACUCCUACCAUCCCUACACUGCCUUCACUCCCUCAGCCUCCCCUCUCUACCUCCCCUCCGAGGACCCUGUAGUCUCGUCAGUCGCCCUAAGGCAGACAGAUCGCUCGAACCAGAAUGUGGUGUUCACCCGCAACCCAGCAGAGCUGCAUGGGGAGUUCAUCCGUACUAGCCUGGUGAAGUCCUCCCGUGGCUUGGGCUUCACCAUUGUGGGUGGCGACGACAAUGAGGAGGAGUUCUUGCAGAUCAAGAGUGUGGUACCUAAUGGGCCGGCCUGGCAGGAUGGCAAGCUGAGGACUGGUGAUGUCCUGGUAUAUGUAGCAGAUACCUGUGUGCUGGGCUACACACAUGCCGAUGUGGUCACCAUGUUCCAGAACAUUGAUCCCGGCAGGACAGUCCACCUGGAGGUGUGUCGGGGCUACCCUCUUCCCUUCGACCCUAAUGACCCUAACACGGAGAUUGUGACCACAGUGGCAGUGACUUCGGCCGAUGCGCGCUCCUCUAAGUCAGUGUUUGGUGAGGGCUACGAACGGUCCAGGAACAAUUCCAGUGAAAGUAUGAACACUGCAAAGUCUAUGCCAGACUUGAGCAAUCCAGAGCGAGUGCAGCAAGUGCCCAGGCCAGGCAGUGCCGACCUCCUCAGUUCAGAAAACUUUGACAACACUCCUGACAUUCUUGACUUCUACCCAUCAGGGAUGAGCAAACCAGAGUACUUGACUAUACCUAUUGUGAAGGGCACCAAUGGUUUUGGGUUCACUAUAACAGACAGUGUGUAUGGACAGAAAGUGAAGAAAAUACUUGAUCGUGGGAGAUGCAAAAAUUUGAUGGAGGGUGACAUUCUAGUGGACAUAAACAAUAUCAAUGUGAAGGGAAUGAGCCACACUGAGGUGGUGCAGGUGCUGAAGGAGUGUGCGCAGGGACAGGAGGCGGUGGUGAUGGUGCAGCGGGGUGGCUUGGCCUCCCCAUCCAAGGCCAGGUUGCGCAAGGACCAGUCCACCAGCCCCAAGAAGAGUAAUGCAGCUACCGGCCUCUUCAGGAGCAAGACCCCGACAGCAGACAUGUACAGCUCACAGCCCAAGGAGGUGAUUCCCAACCGGCCAAAGACUCCCUUGGUGGACACCCGGAACCGCCCCAAGACCCCAAAUGUGAUGGGCGGGGUGGACCUCUCAGGGGCCAGCGAUGUGGGACGGCAAGGGGAGGGUGUGGAGUACCGCCCACCCUAUCCCCCAACCUCCACUCACGUGCCGUACCCAGGGGCGUUCUCCUACACUGGGGGACAGGUGGAGUCCCAGUAUGAUACGAAAGUGAACAACAUGACGGCUCAGAUGGGUCAGGUGAGUCUGGAGCAGAACAACUAUGAGAACUACCUGGGUGGGGAAUCUCAGGGGUACCGGCCAGAUGGUCCCCUCCUGCAGCAGAACAGUUAUGGCUACCACCAUGACCCUUAUCCCUCCGACCCCUACUACCAGCAGCAGCAGCAGCAGCAGCAGGCACAGAAUGCUGAUGAGGCUGAGAUGAAGCGCAGCCAUGCCAAGACACCCACCAAGGAGUACAACACUCCUGGGUACUCUGGGCACUACCCAUACUACACUGACAACACCACCAACACCAACCAUCAUCACCACAACAAUAACAACAACAACCACCACCACAACACCAGCAUGGAACACAACUCUGGUUACGGCUACAUGCACUACCCCAAGGACACCUACGACCUUCCCCGCCAGGACUCUGGCUACAGCUCCCAGGCCCAGGUGCCACCUGCCAGAAAUCCCUAUCCUCCCUACUAUGGCCACAACAACUCUGCCGGCUACAACAACCAGGUGGACAGUCUUGGCAGGAGGAAGGAAUCAACGAGCUUCGAAUACGAACACCCAGCCCCUGUCAGCAUGCCCAGGUUCCCUGAUGGCCGGUACAGUGUCAACCCACGACUGCCAACGAGUGUGUCCAAUGGUAACCUUGGCUAUACAGAGUUCUCUGUUGUCUUGAAGAAGCAAGACACAGGCUUUGGGUUCAGGAUAGUGGGAGGCACUGAGGAAGGCUCCCAGGUAUCCAUUGGCCACAUUGUGCCUGGGGGUGCUGCUGACCAGGAGGGCAGCGUGACCACUGGGGACGAGAUCAUUGGAGUGGAUGGGGAGAUGGUGCUGGGGUCCAGUCACCGCCAUGUGGUAGAGCUCAUGGCCGGGGCCUCUGCCCAGGGUCGUGUCACCCUCACCCUGCGCCGCCGCACCUUCACUCCCACCGAGCUGCACAACCGUUCACUGGAGUUGCAGUUCCCAUAUGACAUCACUGUCACCAGGAGGGAGAAUGAAGGCUUUGGAUUUGUUAUCAUCUCAUCAGUCACAAAGUCUGGUUCCACCAUAGGCCGCAUCAUUGAAGGCAGCCCAGCAGAGCGAUGUGGAAGACUCAAUGUUGGCGACCGGAUUCUGGCUGUCAAUGGGGUGGACAUCAAGACCCUCCACCACGGCCACAUUGUUAAUCUCAUCAAGGAGUCUGGCUACUCUGUCACCCUCACCAUCGGCCCACCACGGGAUGAUGCUUCAAGCACCACCUCCAACUCCCAGCGGAGCUCUCAAGGGUCCAUGAUUCUGGCUCAGGCCACACCGGUCUCGGCCCCACAAACCUCUGGCCCGCCAGCUCACUCCUCCACCAAGGCGGAGAGUGAGGCAGGAGAGGAUGGGGAGUACUACGGCGUGGAGCUGCAGCGAGGCACACGAGGCUUUGGCUUCAGCAUCCGUGGCGGCCGUGAGUUCCACAACAUGCCACUCUUUGUGCUGAGGAUUGCAGAGAACGGUCCAGCGGCUGAGGAUGGAAAACUUAAGGUUGGAGACCAGCUGAUGGAGAUCAACGGGAGGUCAACCAAGGACAUGACACACGCUGAUGCCAUUGAGCUGAUCAAGCAGUGUGGAAGCAGUGUGUCCCUGCUGGUGAAGCGUGGUGGCAAGCUGCCCCAACACCUGGACACAAUGAACCCCAACAGUCUGGGAUCACCGGUUGGGCCGCCACCACCAGGAACCAACAUCAGAUCAACAGCCACACUGCCACCCCCAUCCCCCAGCUCCCUAGGGCCCCCUUACCCUCCCCAAACCCUCUCAGGCCCCCAAGGUCCUCCCUAUUACUCCCAUGGGGGGUAUAAUGCCUUGCCCACUGCCUCUGCUGGCUAUCCCCCUGUUUACCCCCACAAUGGAGCAGUUAGAGGACCUCAGCCUCUCCACUCCUCCCCUGCUACACAGUACCCUCCCCCCCUCACCCCCAAUGGUCCACUAAGUCAGUCUUCCCCUAGAGUGAUGGCCAGCGACAAUUACUACUGGAACCGCGUGCCAGACCACAGGCCAGCGUAAGGCGAUGCAGUAGCGAGAACAGUGGAUCAAAGACAACCAUUUUUUGAGACAAACGUAUGUGAUCAGGCAGUGAUAGUCACAAAAAACACUUAAGUUGUAAGGUUAAGUGUGGGGCUGAAGGUCCAGUGGGAGGCAGUGUGGACCACCAACCACCACCUCUGCUCAGUGCCUCCAGUGUUGGUAGGGGACCAUAUAUACCUUCAUGGCUACACCUCUAUAUUGAUGGCUGUUCUAUGUGAUCUCCUCAUCCAUAAUCCCUUGCUGUGUUGCCUAGUUGAAGUUUUCGUUAUGAAAACUUUUAAAUUAGGUGAUGGUUUUGUAAUCUGACUUCAUUUUAUGUUAAUGUAGCUGUGUUAAAUGAAUUUGGUCCUUUUACUCAACAGGAUCAUGACCAAAGUGACCUUAUUAUACAAGACUAGGACCCGUGCUCAAUGCAUUUUUAUGUCGAUAUUUAUAAUGUUAAACUCAAAUUUUGGUAUGUUUUACAGAGAGCAUAUGUCUGGAUGCUGGUGGCCUUUGCCAUUUUAAUGCAUGUGUACAUACACUUAGUUGACAUUGCUUAGUACCACAUGAAGCAGUCUGUGCAGGGUUACAGUCUUGCUGUAUAAAGAUGUACAUGGCAGUUCUCAAUACCAUGAUAAAAUAAAAGUAAACUGUAAGUAUCCUGUAUACAUGUUGUGUUCAUAGCUUGUCACAUACACAUACACACACACAUAUACACUGCCUUCUAUCAAAAUCCUACAAAUGCCUUCAUAUGAAAUGUAAGUAUUUGGACAAUUAUAAGACUAUUGUAUGUAUUCUAAAAAAGUUAUAUUAUGUUAAUUAUCAGGGUUAUCAUGUUUCAUGUUGUCCUGUGUAUUAUAUACCUUGUUAAUAAUAUUCAUGACAAAAUAAA